AUGGGUUUUCAACUGCCACGAACUGAUAUCAAUUUCUUGAACAGUGUGCGUUAUUAUACAACCUACCUUUUCAUUCUACCAAAUUUCAAUUUGUCAGAGAAUCGAAUAGAAAUACCUACAUUUUUCAAACCCUUUUCUGCUAUUCUCUCAACUUUGUAUAUUGGUCUCUAUAUUUAUUGUGUUUCGCUGGAAUAUGAGAAUUCAUUGGAAAAUGCAACGUGGAUAACCAAAGCUAUAAUAUUUAUAAUCGAUUUCUCAUCCAUUGCAAUUUUUUGUGUUGCAUUGUUCUCUAUAUUGAAGAGGAAGAAGAGUUGGGAGAAACUUUUCAAAUCACUGAGACUCUUCGAUUCUUUGCUGCAGAAUAAAAGAAAGGAUUACAAGUCUAGCACAUGUAGUUUUUUCUUUAAGUUCCUCUCGAGUCAUCUGAUAAUUUUACUAUUUUACAUAUCAUUCGUCUGCUAUGUGAAGUUUUUCACGAAACAUUUCAGUUGGUUUUACGUACUUUCAAUGAUUUCUUCUAUUUAUCUUUUCUCAACAAGCAUCAUAAUAGCUGAGUUAGCUUACGCUAUAGUAAUUCGUUAUACACUGAUUUUCGACCUAAUCUCAAGAAGUGAUUUGAAAGAGGAUAGCUUGAGUGUUUCGAAGAAGAUUGAGAAGGGUAGAGUGUUCUUUGAAAUUAACGGACAUAUUGUCAAUUUGUUCAACAAAGUUUUUGGUUGGCAUAUUUUGAUCAUCCAGUGUAGAACUAUAGCUGCAAUUCUCAGAAAUCUGGACUUACUUGUGGAUGGUUUCAGUUGGAAAAUAGACAACCAAAUUGCACAUUUGACUAUGUCUGUGGUUUUAGUGUAUGGGACAUCAAUGUUGGCCAUGAGAUGCGAUGCUGCUAAAGAAGAAGCUGAAAAGAUAUUUUAUCGCAGUAGGGUCAAGUAUUUCAAUGCUAGAAGAGAUACUGAAGAAUUCAAAUUGUUGGAGAAUCUUUUUGAUACUGUGAAGAACCAACCGCAGUUCACAGCAGCUGGAUUUUUUGAGAUAGAACCUUAA